UCCAAACGAAAAAAAAUGUAUGGAGAUUAUCAAGUCAUUUCAUCAAUGGGAGGGAACGUGGUUUCUUCAGAAGCCUUGUUUACAUCAACAUUUCAAAACCCUAAUUUCAACUUCUUGCCUUUCGAACCUUUACCUCUUAUGAUCCCUAAAGAAGAAAAUGGGUUAUUGCUGGGAGGGAAAGAGGAUAUGGAAAGCGGGUCUGGGAAUGAACUACAGGCUGAAGACAAGACUGGGAAUGAAGAGAAUAGCAGCGAGCAACCCCUCAAGAAAAAACGUUACCAUCGACACACUGCUCGCCAGAUCCAAGAAUUGGAAGCUGUUUUCAGGGAGAGUCCCCAUCCUGAUGACAAGCAAAGGAUGAGACUAAGCCAAGAACUUGGCCUUAAGCCUCGCCAAGUCAAGUUUUGGUUCCAAAAUCGCCGCACUCAGAUGAAGGCUCAACAACAUCGAUCUGAGAAUGCCAUACUUAGAGCUGAGAAUGAGUCUCUCAAGAAUGAGUUCUUCCUGCUUCAAGCUGAACUCAGCAAACUUAUUUGUCCGAAUUGUGACGGUCCACCUGUGCCUGGAGGGGUUUCCUUUGAAGAGCUUCGUAUAGAGAACGCUCGUCUUGGAGAAGAGUUGGAACGUGUCUGCGCCAUUGCCUCACGAUAUAUGGGGCGACCAAUCCAAACAAUGGGUGCAUUGAUGCCACCUUCAUUAGAUUUGGACAUGAACAUGUAUCCAAGGCAUUUCCCUGAGCCUAUGGCUCCUAUACUGUCUGAAGCAGCCUCUUUUCCCGAGAAUAAUAAUCUAUUUUUAAUGGCGGAGGAGAAAACUAUUGCCAUGGAGCUUGCUAUGUCUGCCGUGGAUGAACUUGUGAAGAUGUGCCGAACAAAUGAACCUCUUUGGAUCCGAAACAUAGAAAAUGGUAAGGAAUUACUUAACCUCGAAGAGCAUGCCAAGGUGUUCCAUUGGCCCUUAAAUCUCGAGCAGCGCUCAAGUGAGUUCAGGAUUGAAGCUAGCCGUGAUAGAGCAGUCGUUAUAAUGAAUAGCAUGACUUUAGUAGAUGCGUUCCUUGAUGCCAACAAAUGGACCGAGCUCUUCCCCUCUAUAGUUGCUAGAGCCAAAAGUGUUCAAGUCAUAUCACCAGGUGUUUCGGGAACAGAUGGUUGCCUUCAGCUGAUGUAUGCAGAAUUGCAAGUACUAUCUCCAUUGCUGCCCACUCGAGAGGCGUAUUUCCUUCGUUAUUGCCAACAGCAAAAUCUGGACGAUGAAACGUACUGGGCAAUUGUUGACUUCCCACUGGAUGGCUUUCAUAAUAACUUACAGUCUUCAUUUCCCUUAUACAAGAGAAGACCAUCUGGCUGUUUAAUUCAUGACAUGCCUAACGGGUACUCAAGGGUUACAUGGGUUGAACGUGCAGAGAUAGAGGAGAAACCUAUCCAUCAGAUAUUUAGCCAUUUCGUUCAGAGUGGGAUGGCUUUUGGAGCAAAUCGUUGGUUAGCUGUUCUAGAGAGGCAAUGCGAAAGGAUUGCAAGCCUCCUGGCCAGAAAUAUCACUGACAUAGGAGUGAUUCCAUCACCUGAAGCAAGGAAGAAUCUAAUGAGACUUGCUCAAAGGAUGAUAAGGACAUUCUGUGUCAACAUCAGCAGCUCCGGCGGUCAGUUAUGGACUGCUAUUCCAGACUCCUCCGAUGAUGAUACUGUUAGAAUCACGACAAGGGAAGUCACUGAACCAGGCCAACCAAAUGGUCUCAUUCUUUGUGUUGUUUCCACUACCUGGCUGCCAUAUCCUCACCACCAUGUCUUUGAUCUUUUGAGGGAUGAACGACGCAGAGCUCAGCUGGAGGUACUUUCAAAUGGGAAUGCUUUACAUGAGGUGGCUCACAUUGCUAAUGGCGCACAUCCCGGAAACUGCAUUUCACUUCUUAGAAUCGAUGUCGCGAGCAACUCUUCACAACAAGUAGGGCUAAUGCUGCAAGAGAGCUGCACGGACCGAUCCGGUAGCCUCGUUGUGUACUCAACUGUCGAUGUUGAUUCCGUUCACCUUGCUAUGAAUGGGGAGGACCAAUCUUGCAUCCCAUUGCUUCCCUUGGGCUUUUUUGUAACCCCAAUGGAACUCAUCAAAGAAGCUGGCAGUACUGAAGAGGCCAAUGGGCAUAGGUCUGCAGGCAGUUUACUCACUGUUGGACUUCAAGUUCUUGCCAGCACAGUUCCAUCAGCAAAGAUCAAUCUCUCGAGCAUUGCCGCCAUCAACAACCAUUUAUGCACAGCCGUUCACCAAAUCAGAGCAGCUCUGAGUAGCAGUAGUAGUAACCCUAGCUGCCUUGUAAAAGGAAAUGCUUCAGGCUCUUGCAGUGAGGCUGCUGAUGCCCUAGAAAAAUAAGGUCUAGGUUCUUCGUGAAUUACCCACAACAUCCUCAUUUCUUUAUGAAUUUGAAGAUGGGAUGAUAAAAUUGGGGAAGUUAUUGGUAAUUUAUUGAAAAUAAAGUAGUGGAAUUUUCAAAGUUAUAUAGGAGUUGCAGUGAUCUUAUGUGGUA